AUGACAGUUUACAACCUGGACCGGAGGGUCGAUAUUCCCAAAGACCAAAACCUCACUCAACUUCUUCACUCUUCCCACUACGAUCUUCCAGACUCCCACCUCAUCGCAGCCGAUAGUCUCACCAAUCGGAGCAUCACACUUGGUGAACUUCGCGACCGUACGGGCAGAAUCGCAAAUGGGAUCAAGCAAAAGCUCAACCCGCCAGAUCAGGCAAGAUGGGCCAUUAUUCUUCCCAACAGUGUAGAAUUCAUGGAGGUCUUCCAUUCUAUCUUGUGGACGGGAGGCGCCAUCUGCCCAAUCAAUUAUGCACUAAAGGCAACUGAAAUUGGACAUGGAAUUGCAGUGUGUCGCCCUCAAUUCAUCGUCGCUUAUGGGAAUAUCCUCCCUGCAAUCAAUGAGGCAGUCGAGGUUGCAGCAGCUGAACUGAAGAAGGAAGGCGUGGAAUGGCAGCCCCCAAUAAUCCUCACUGUCAUCGCCAAAACAGCACAUCAUCUUCAUAUCCCAGACGACUUCCUGUCUUCAGCGCGAUUGGAAAUCCCCCACUACCCAGAUACUUCAAAACGUCUCGCGUCGAUCCAUCUAUCGUCCGGGACGACAGGGAAACCCAAGGGUGUGUGUCUUACACACUACAACUUUGUUGCAAACGUGCAUCAGCUCGUUUCCCACGACGCGUCUCAGUUUCAUCCCGCAUCAAAGACCGUGGCAUUCACACCAUGGGCUCAUAUUGCCAUGACAACCAUGCCGAUGUUUCUAGGGCCCUACACUGGCAUGUUUCACCACGCCAUGCCCUCAUACAAUCUCGAGAGCUUUGCGAAGCUGGUUGGGUCUAACCAGGCCACUUCCUUCCAGGGCGUUCCCUCCGUGGUUCUGUCACUAGCAAAGUCCGAUGUGACGGAGCGCUAUGACUUCUCCCGUGCGGCAAUCCUCAACGUCGGCGGCGCGCCGCUCAAGAAGGGUGACAUGGAGAGACUCAUGUCACGAGCCCCUUGGAAGAUGAUUCAGGCUUUUGGCAUGACAGAAGCGUCUGGAUACGUAGCUUACCAGCGCCUUGAUGAGACUCUCCCAGAAGGCUCAACUGGACGACUGCUCCCAGGCAUUGAAGCUCGACUGGUCAAAGAAGGCACGGUAAAUGAUGCGCCAUUAGGUGGCCCCGGCGAGCUGUGGUUACGAGGACCAAAUAUUACCAGUGGCUACGCGUUCAACGACGAAGCGAAUAAGCAAGGGUUUCCUGAGGACAACUGGUACAACACGGGCGAUGUGUGCACGAUUGACAAAGAAGGACGGCUUUCCAUCGUGGGGCGUACCAAGGACCUGAUCAAAUACAAAGGCUUCCAGGUUUCUCCAUCAGAGCUCGAAUCGUAUAUCAACUCUCACCCGGAUGUCGCGGAGGGCGGAGUUGCAGCUCUGUGGGACGAAAGCCAGUUGACUGAGGUGCCCACAGCCUGGGUGGUGCUCAAGCCUCACCUGGUGAGUAAGAGCGCAGCUGACAAAAAGAAGUCCCUCAGGAAUGUUCAAUCAUGGAUAGAUGAGCAGGUGAGCGGGUAUAAAAAGCUUCGGGGUGGUGUUUGGGAAGCGAGCAAGUUGCCGAGGAACGCAACAGGGAAGAUCCUGAGGAAAGAAAUGACGGGAAUGAGGGACGGGCUUUUCCUGGCGGAUACGGCUUUAAAGGGCGAGCCCGGAACGCUAAAGUAUGCUACACUCAUCCCGCGCGACGACGACGGCAAGACAGUGUAUGCGGUUGAAGAAUAUACCGACAAAGCGGCAUUUGAUCUUCACAUGUCUACCAUUGGGGUCAAAGACAUAAACCAAUGGUUUGUUGAUGAGAAGGUCCUGGAUCCCAACGACAAGCCCGAUGUUCAUAUCCUGGAAUAUCUCCCCGAGUUUCGCUUCGACCGACAAGAGGUGCUCACGCAUGGGGACCCCCAUAUUGCGUUUGCAGAGCUUGACUAUAUCCCGGGUGGUGUUGACACAUCCAUUCCCUACUGGAAAGCCGUGGUGGAAACUGGGCGUGAGGAUGAGCCCGGAACAUUGGUGUAUGGAAUCUUGAAAGACUCACAGAAAGAAAAUCGCCUCUGUGCAUUUGAGGUAUACGAGAGCGCCGAAUACUUGAAGGACGUUCAUGUUCCGAGCGAAGCUAUCCAGAGUAGCAUCAACAAUACGAAGCAUUUGAGAACGGGGUUGAAGCACCACUUUCUGCAGAAGAAAGGCGGUUUCUUGUACAGGAAAUAA